CCCGCAGAGGUGUUCCCACCGCAGAUGGAAGGGGUGAAGCUGAUCGUCACCAAAACCCUGAGCAGCCACUUCCAGGUGACACACACGGUGCACAUGAGCACCCUGGGCCCCUCCGGCUACCGCUUCAACGCCACCUUCGUGGGGGACCGGCAGCUGGGACCCACCGAGGUGUUCCCCACCCUGGUCGGGGACAUGGACAGCGCCGGCAGCCUCAACGCUCAGGCCCUGCAUCUGCUGGGGGAGCGCCUCCGCGCCAAGGCCGUGUUCCAGACGCACCAGGCCAAGUUCGUGACGUGGCAGUUCGACGGCGAGUACCGCGGCGACGACUGCACGGCCACGCUCACCCUGGGCAACCCCGACGUGCUGGGCGGCUCCGUGAUCGUGGUGGCCCAUUUCCUGCAGAGCGUCACCGCCCGCCUGGUGCUGGGCGGGGAGCUCGUCUACCACCGGCGCCCCGGCGAGGAGGGCGCCAUCCUCACGCUGGCUGGAAAAUACGCGGGUAGG